GAGGGAAAGCGGAUGAGCGGAAAGAAAAAGGGAUGCGGCCGCGAUUUUCAGGGCCGAAUGCUGGGCGCUAUUUGGUAUACCCCCCGACCCCCAAUAAGUAUCACCAAGCUAGGCCUUGGGGGGAUUCCUGAGGCUGGGGACUUCCUGAAUCCGGUUUGGUCGAGCAUUGCGAUACUGAAAGUCUUUGGGACGAUAGAUGGUGAAGAAAUGGAGGUAGUGACAGAUUUUAUUUUCCUGGGCUCCAAAAUCACCGCAGAUGGGGACUGCAGCCAAGAAAUUAAAAGACGCUCCUGGGGAGGAAAGCUAUGGCAAAUCUAGACAGCGUACUAAAAAGCAGAGACAUCACCCUGCCAACAAAAGGAUACUAAGAAAGUUACUUCUUAAAGAAGAUGUUGCUAAGUUAAUUUAAAUUGACUGUAUUACUCAGUGAACCCUUCAGCUGCAAUGAGAACUCAAUAAUACAUUUUUAGAUUCCCUGCUACCCCACAAUUUGCCAAAUCAAAAAAAUUAACUUUUCACAAGGAUACCACAGAGUCAGUCUUCUUCAUAGGACAAUUACUUUGAUAUCUGAAAUAUUACCUGAAUAUAUUCUAUUUGGUCCACCAGUGAAAAAGAUGCUCCGCUACUGGGGUGAGAUCCCUGUUUCCUCCAGUCAGACCAACCGCAGCUCUUUUGACCUGCUUCAGCGGGAGUUCCGUACUGUAGAGGUCCAGGAUCCUCCAUUGUAUCAACCUUCAGCUAACAAGUCUAAGCCCACAACCACGCUUGAUAGACUUUCAGAGCCCUGUAGCCUCACCAUUCAUACGGUCCAGCUAAUCCAACAUAACAGGAGGUUGCGUAGUCUCAUUGCCUCGGCUCAGUCUCAGAACCAACAGCAACUGGAGGGAAUCAAGAUGGAAGGAAGUGAGCCUUUGCCAACUUGCCCUGGGUCUCCACCUCUCCCUGAUGACUUGCUUACUUUGGAUAGUAAAACACCCAAGAUGCCAUUCCAGUUGAGGCACAGUGAUCCAGAAAGUGACUUUUACAGGGGCAAAGGAGAGCCAGUAAUAGAGUUGAGUUGGACCUCUUGCCGCCAGCUUCUUUAUCAAUCUAUAGCUACCAUUUUAGCUCAUGCUGGCUUUGAAUGUGCCCAUGAAAGUGUUCUGGAGACUCUGACAGAUAUCGCUCAUGAAUACUGCUUGAAGUUCGCCAAACUUCUGCGUUGUGCUGUGGAUAGAGAAGCUCGGCUUGGACAGACCCCUUUCCCAGAUGUUAUGGAACAAGUCUUCCAUGAAGUGGGCAUUGGCAGUGUGCUCUCUCUGCAGAGGUUUUGGCAACAUCGAAUUAAAGACUAUCAUAGCUAUAUGCUACAGGUUAGCAAGCAACUCUCUGAGGAAUAUGAAAAGCUUGUAAACCCUGAGAAGGCAGCAGAAGAUUUGAAACCUGUGAAAAUCAAGGAAGAACCUGUUAGUGACAUCACAUUUCCUAUGAGUGAGGAGCUGGAGGGGGAUCUUGCAUCUGGAGACCAGUCCUUGCCUGUUGGAGUCCUUGGAGCACAGAGUGAACGCUUUUCAUCCAACAUGGAAACUGAGGCCUCUCCUCAAACUUCUGGUGGUGAGGUGAAUACUUCUCCUCUUUGGAACUUGGCCCCAGUAAAAAUGGAACCACAAGAGAAUGAAGAAGGCAAUGUUCAUGGGCACCACGGAGUCCUUGGUGGGGAUGUAUUUGAGGAGCCAAUGUCAGGCAUGAGUGAAGCUGGGAUGCCACAGAGCCCAAAUGGUUCUGAAAGCAGUUACGGUUCUCAUUCCGCUGAUAGUUUGAUGGGCUCUUCACCAGUUUUCAACCAACGCAGCAAAAAGAAGAUGAAGAAGAUGUGAAUUAUAGCUAGGAAGUUCUGAGAAUGUGAACUAAGUCAGAAAAAUUAGGACUGUUAUCAAGAAAAUAAUGUUUGAGCUGAUGGAGUUUGCAUGUUGUGAUUACUGUUCUACCUGAGAGACUUUCCAUCAGCUGAAGGUCUAGAUGGCUUUCAGUGGAGCAAACACCAUACAGUAACAUUGGUUUGGCAGAAAAAGAGAGGUGUAAGUGACUUUUGUGAAAAAAGAUCGACCAUGGAAUCUUGUAAACCAGUGUAGUUUCUGGUUAGUUGGAUUUUAAGUAGCUUAAGCAAUGGUGCAUAUUGAAUUAAUGAUAAUGAUUUAAUAAGUGUUGACAGUAUCUUUAACUUAAGAGUAGAAACUAUGGAAGAGGCUUGAGAACUAUCUGACAUUGUAAUGGAAAUCCAUUUCACUUUUGUUACAUAUUAUACUUUUCAUUUUUGAGUAUGAAUUUAUAUUUUGAAGACCAGGUUUUUAAUACAGAAUUUUUGUUCCAAUGUAAUUACUAUUACCGUUGUUUUUUGCUCAAAAUCAUGGCUAGUACCUGCUUUUUCUUUUAAUGAACCAACUCACCAUAUUUAGAAACUGGUGAAUUUUAUGUAUUUAUGGUUUUUAUGUUGUUUUAUGUUUUUAAUAUUUUUAUAUUUUGUUGUAUCGUACACAGAUUGCUUUGGUCUAUGAUUGGUGCAGUAAACAAACUUUAUGAACUAUAUGAAGCACUUUUUUUAAAAAAUGUGCAUAAUUUUUUAUUUUCUUUAUGCUAGUCCAGAAGGCCAAUUUACUCAGAACAUUCAUCCAGCUCUGCAUAUGAAAUCUCCUAUGACUGAUUUUAAAAAAUUUUUUGUACUUGCACUCUGAAUAUAUAAUUGAACCUAAGUUGAAUGCAGCUGAGUGUAAACUUUGAAAGACAUGACACCUUCAAAACUGUGUUUUUAGUUCAGUUAUUAUAUCAUAAUGUACUAUUCCUUUAGACGUUUUUGUUUGUAUUGUUGAUGUGCAAUGCUAAAUAUAGAUGGACACUUUAUUGAUCUGUGAAGGGUUUGUAUGAUAAAUGCUUUUAAUUGAUGAUUUUUUUAACCUACUCUUAGACAUCAUUUUUUAAAAUAAAAUUUCACUUUUUUGAUCAUCUUUUGAUUGAUUUCCUAUGAUUUGAGGUUUCGAAAAUCUUUUUUAUUGUACCAGAUAAAGCUUAAUCUUUAAGGUUUAAAUAUUUUGUGUAGGCUGUUGUUCAACCACUGACAUUUUAAGAAGUGCUUAAUUAAAAACGGACUUGAAACGUGGCAAGCGCGUUUCCUAAUUAUAUAAGAGGUUUCAUUUAAUAAAAAGAAUAAAUAUUUAAUGGAAAUCCUGCAAGCAAAGACUUUUAAAAUUGUUAGGUUAAAAAAACAUUUUGAAAUUGAUCAUUUUCUUCAAUCAUGUGUGUAUUUUAGUCCAAUAUCUUUUAGCUUCAACACAUGUCCACCACAUAUGUUAAUAUGAUCCAGGUGUCUAAUGGCACUUCCAGCAUUUUUCGGAUUUGUCCUUGAACAUUCUGGCAAUUCUUGUCAGGGGUAAAUGCCACCUAUAAAACAUCUUAUACAAAUUCUCUUUAUAUGCCGUAGACAUUGUCAUUUUAUAAUUAUAUGUCCAUACUUUUUGCCAUGCCUCUAAUCAAUCCCAUGUCCGAAGUUUUUCCCCCAAGCAAUCAUCAUCUCUUUAACUUGUUCUUCUUCUAAUUUAAUCUCUAGCAAAUAUCCAUACAAUUUCCUAAUUAAAUUGUCAUCAGCACCUGUUAAAAUCUUAUCAAAACUAGUCAAAUUGUUAAAGAAGCCUUCUGUUUUGGAAUCUUUAUCAUAUCUGGAGUGUAUUUGCGAAUAAGAAAACCAAUUCAUUUUUAUGCCUUCUAUUUCUAAUUCUUGCAUGGUUUUUAAUUCACCCUUUUCAUUUAACAAAACGUAUAGAUUUUAAGCCAGAGGUUUUUCUGUUGGGGAUUAUACCUGAAAUAUAUAAUAGAGAAUUAAAAUAUUUGAUGGUGAAUGUUAUAACAGCAGCUAGGAUUGUGUCUGCUAAAAAUUGGAAAAAUGAGAAAUUACCUUUGCAAGAUGAAAUCAUUAGGAAGAUGAUGGAAUGUGCAGAAAUGAGUAAAUUGACAUUUGAAAUUAGAGAACAAGAAGAUAAGCAAUAUUAUAAAAGAUGGGAUUUAUUUUAUCAAUGGUUAGAAGGAAGGAUAUGUUAGAAAUUUUUUUUAAAAAGGUUGUUAUCAAGAGAAGUAAUUGAAUUAAAUUAAUCUAGGAGGAUGAAAUGAACAAUGUUAUUAGACAAAAUAUUAAUUCGGGGAAAUUAACAUGAAAUGAGAGUAUGAAAUGUUAUGGCCAUUGUUUAAUUAAAAACUGACUGAGUAAGAGAGUUGGACAAUGUAAGAAUAGAUGAAUGAAAGAGAUGUUUAUCUUGAAAUUGUGCAAGAAAUGUGUAACUGCCCCACCAACACACUGUAACUGGAUUGAAGAGGCUUCUAUGUAUGUUUGUUGUAAAAAAUACAAAAAAAUACAAAAAAACCGUUUUGAAAUUAUAUUUUAUAAUUUCUAUAAGAUUUUUUUUGAGUGCAUUGGAACUUUUUAUAAAGAAACUUUUCAGAGCAAGCAAGGACAAAGUGAAUGUAUAUUACAAGAAUAGGAUGAGGAGGUAAUGAAAAUUUCAUGCUGAAAUUACCUUCUUGGAAGUUUCUGAAACUCUUAAUCUGCAAUAAAUUCGCCUUUCUGCUUCCAAGUUGAUGAUAAUGACUGGAUUAAACUUUUAUCUAUUGCUUCCUUCACAACUCUGCAAGAAUAGACAGUCAAUACUGUGCUUAUUGAAUUGUAUCAAAACUCACAAUUGUCUGAGGUUCGAAAUAUAACCUGGCAGGUACUGUUAUCUGGGAUUUUUGUUAUCUACUUUAGAAUAGAAUAGAAUAGAAUAGAAUAGAAUAGAAUAGAAUUUUUUAUUGGCCAAGUGUGAUUGGACACACAAGGAAUUUGUCUUGGUGCAUAUGCUCUCAGUGUACAUAAAAGAAAAGAUACGUUCAUCAAGGUACAACAUUUACAACACAAUUGAUGAUCAAUAUAUCAAUGUAAAUCAUAAGGAUUGCCAGCAACAAGUUAUAGUCAUACAGUCAUAAGUGGAAAGAGAUUGGUGAUGGGAACUAUGAAACGAUUAAUAGUAGUGCAGAUUCAGUAAAUAGUCUGAGAGUGUUGAGGGAAUUAUUUGUUUAGCAGAGUGAUGGCCUUCGGGGAAAAACUGUUCUUGUGUCUAGUUGUUCUGGUGUGCAGUGCUCUAUAGCGUCGUUUUGAGGGUAGGAGUUGAAACAGUUUAUGUCCAGGAUGCGAGGGAUCUGCAAAUAUUUUCACGGCCCUCUUCUUGAUUCGUGCAGUAUACAGGUCCUCAAUGGAAGGCAAGUUGGUAGCAAUUAUUUUUUCUGCAGUUCUAAUUAUCCUCUGAAGUCUGUGUUUUUCUUGUUGGGUUGCAGAACCGAACCAGACAGUUAUAGAGGUGCAAAUGACAGACUCAAUAAUUCCUCUGUAGAAUUGGAUCAGCAGCUCCUUGGGCAGUUUGAGCUUACUGAGUUGGCGCAGAAUGGAUUGGAUUUAUACUGCUUUAAACACAAUAAAUAUCACAAAUAAAUAUCAAAUAAAAUAAAUAAACAAAUAUCAAAUAAAAAUUGUUGAAACUGUAGUUUACAGAAAUGCUGAGGAUUCUUUUAAUUCUUGUUAGACUUUAUUCAUAGAACUACAAUUAUUCUUUCUGUAAGAGGAGGAAUGAUGGUUCAAGUAAUUUAAAUCUGUAAGAUAGAAAUACCACCGAUUGGACCACACAUUAAGCCACAAUUUUGCUUACUUUCAUUGUAAAGAACUAUUUCAUUGACUAUUGCAAAAUUACCUAGAAUCUUGCAAUAGGCUAAAUUCAUUUUUUGCCGUUUCUAGAUCUUUUCAGACCUUGCAAAAAUUCAGAGGCAAAAUGGUGAUCUUCAGUGGGAAUGUUGAUAAAACAAUUUAACCAGUAAAAUAACUCCAGCAAGCUUCUAGGAUUUCAAAAUCCCUAUUUCAUUUAAACUCCUAAAUUCCUAAAAAUGGAAGAGCAGAAAACAUCUGCUGUACCUCCUUUGAUGACAUUCAAUUUGUUGCCAUGCUUCCCUCUCCUCUCGUGACCCCCUGAGUCUGAAAAUAAGGAAUAAGCAGACUGAAAAAGGUCCUUACCACCAGCACAAACAAUGGCUAACAAGCAUUGAUAGUUGGUGUGAUAGGCCAGAAGAAAAACUACACUGUGGAUUAAUACAAUUCGAUGUGCCUUGUUUUCUUAUACCACAAAUGCUUUGUAACCCUAACAACCUGUUCCACAGGUUCAACGUGUGUCAAUUUCUAGAUCAUUCUCCUAAUGCAGGGGUGGGCAAUUAAUUUUUAUCAGGGGCCGCAUGAGAAGCCUGAAUUGUGUCAGAGGGCCACCAACUUUCUUUCAUUGUAAAAUACUUAAAUUAAAUAUUUUGAAUAGCUGGUACUGAUAAUCAGAAGAAUAAAGCACUCUGUAAAUAUGUAUAUUAGGUUAUGUGAAACUGUGGUCUAUUGGUUAAAUAAGAAAAACAAUUAUUGAACCAGUGCAAUUUAUUUUUCAAAAUAAAAGUUAAAAAAAAAGUUUAA